GAGGAAAGCUAGCUAAUCUAAUUUCACAAGGCUGGUCUGCGAAGGCAAGAGGAAGAGCGUCGAACGUCCGGCCUUCAUCGGUAGGCUACUAGCCUUUCAAGCGAACGGGGCCAUUAGUGGAUUUGCUGCCUUUAAAGUUGUUCCCCUCGCGAGAAUCUGCCACUGUUUGGGGUUUGUCCCGCCUCGUGACCACUACGUCACACGUACUUCCUGUGAUUGUGGAAGUGCUGGCCCGAAGCGUUCGUCCGCUCCAACUUCCUCCUGCCGAUGCUGAUCAACAUGAAUGCCGCUUUUAAGACUCAGCCUAGUCGUUGUUUGCUAAACUCUCCUCUUCUGUGAGUCAUCCGUACUCCGCUCCUCCACAGCCGCCAUGUUAUACACGGAGGAGGCCGGGUUGCCAGAUGAGCGCAGCUUCUGGGAGGAGUGGUCGCUUCUGUUUUGGACCUCUGUGGCCGUGAUGGUCCCGGUGGUCAUCACCCUGUGGUGUAGCGUCCAACGCUCCAAGCGGAAAAGCCACAUGAAGGAGUUCUUUCGCAAGAGCAGACACGGCUGGCACUACACGGACUUGUUCAACAAGCCCACCUACUGCUGCGUGUGCUCCCAGCACAUCCUCCGCGGUGCCUUCUGCGACUGCUGCGGCGUGUGCGCCGACGAGCAGUGCCUUCGCCGGGCCGACCGGGAGCUUCCGUGCAAGGAGAUCAUGGCCCAGGGAACGGAGCACCGGUGGGUUCAGGGCAACGUGCCCCUGGCCAGCUACUGUGCAGCCUGCAAACAACAGUGUGGGACGCAGCCGAAGCUCUGUGACUACAGAUGCGUAUGGUGCCAGGCCACAGUGCAUGACGACUGCUUGGAAACCCUGGUGGAUGCGAGCCAGUGUGACCUGGGUGAAUUUCACAACCUCAUCAUCCCUCCUCAUUACCUGCACCUCGUCAACAAGCUCCCCCGCAGACACCCGGACGAGUACACAAAGCUGGCAUCCUCGUGUGGCUGUGGCUGGACUCCCGUGUUGGUCUUGGCCAACACGCGCAGUGGAAACAACAUGGGGGAGGCUCUGCUGGGAGAGUUUCGCAGCCUCCUCAACCCCGUGCAGGUUUUUGACCUCUCGCAGUUAGCACCGUCCAAGGCCCUCCAGCUAUGCACCCUGUUGCCCCCUGGUUGUGUGAGGGUGCUGGUGUGUGGGGGGGACGGCACUGUGGGAUGGGUGCUGGAUGCGAUUGACAAUAUGAAGCUCAAGGGUCAAGACCAGUUCGUGCCAAGGGUGACCAUCCUCCCGCUUGGCACAGGAAACGACCUCUCCAAUACUUUGGGCUGGGGGUCGGGGUAUGCCGGAGAGAUCCCGGUGGAACAGGUUCUUCGCAACAUCCUGGAUGCAGAGGUGGUCAAAAUGGACAGAUGGAAAGUGGAGGUAUCUUCCAAAGGCCUCACUAUUCGAAAACCAAAGGUUCUGUCCAUGAACAAUUACUUCUCGGUGGGGCCCGACGCUCUGAUGGCGCUCAACUUCCACACACAUCGAGAGAAAACGCCGUCCUUCUUCUCCAGCCGUAUCAUCAACAAGGCGGUGUAUUUCCUGUACGGCACCAAGGACUGUUUAGUGCAGGAAUGCAAAGACCUGGAUAAGCGGAUUGAGCUGGAACUCGACGGUGAGAGGGUGCCGCUGCCCAGCCUGGAGGGCAUCAUAGUUUGCAACAUUGGCUACUGGGGGGGUGGCUGCAGACUCUGGGAGGGAGUGGGAGAUGAACCCUGCCCCCCCACACGGUUGGACGAUGGUCUGCUGGAGGUGGUGGGUGUGUUCGGUUCCUUCCACUGUGCUCAGAUCCAGGUCAAGCUGGCGAAUCCAGUCCGACUGGGACAGGCCCACACAGUCCGGAUGGUCCUCAAGAGCUCCACCAUGCCGAUGCAAGUGGACGGGGAGCCGUGGGCCCAGGGCCCGUGCACCAUCACCAUUACCCACAAGACCCAGUCCCUCAUGUUGUACCACAGCGCAGAGCAGACGGACGAUGACGACGACGAAUCCAGCGCCUCCGAGGCGGAGAACCCCACCCCUCACGACUCACCCAGACCUCCUUUGGUAGCGUCCGCUCAUGCUUGAAUCAUCACGUGACCGUACUUCCAUUUUUAUACAAUAAUCCUAUCUUGUGGGGGCUCUUUCAAUGAAAUGUUAACCUUUUUAAAGCGCCAACCCCCCAGUAGAGGGGCAGUGUGGUCCCAUGUAUGUUGCUAUGGCAACCACGGCGCUAUGCCUUUAUCAACAUACACUUGUUACACAUCGCUGUUACUGGAUGAAUGUCUAAAGCUAAACCACAAGCCACUUGCUAAGUAAUCAAACGUAGUAGUACUAAAACUUUAUUCCUGUCUUAUACUGCUAUGUACUACACAUAUGUGCUAUGUCUCCACUCUACUUUGAACCCAACAUCAUCCAUGGAGAAAUGAUUGAUUUUGCUAGCAAGACUAUCAAGCCCAGAGAUGAAUACUUGUACUUGCCCACGUGCCAUAGUACAUAAUAUUGCUGACAAUACUAUGUUUAUUAAUACAAUUAAACUGCCAUUUUAGGUGUGCACAUAUUCCGUAGACCCCCACCCCCCACUCUCCCCACCCCCCACUGUCCCCACCCCCAAGCCAGCAGGCGGUGUUGUUUUGCAGACACGAAGGUCUGUGAUGUUGUGGUGUGGCUGCACAUCCCCCGUCACACAAUCGCAGUACUAAAAACACGCAUGCAUACAAGCAUUGCAAUAUUUACAUGACCAAUGUGUAUUUUAAAGCUGAAAACAAUCACUGGACGUCCGUUAACUUCUUGACGCACUGAAUCACAAAGUUCAACGCUGAAUAACUUUACGUUUAUCACUGCUGUUUGUCUUACUCACGAGUGGAGCUUUUCUAGGUUAAAGUACUUUGGGUAUUUAUUUUUAACAUACAUUCAUUUUAUACCGCUUUUCCUCACGAGGGUCGCAGGGUGCUGGAGCCUAUCCCAGCUGUCUCCGGGCGAGAUGCGGGGUACACCCUGGACUGGUGGCCAGCCAAUCCCAGGGCACAUAUAGACAAACAACCAUUCACACUCACAUUCAUACCUAUGGACAAUUUGGAGUGGCCAAUUAACCUAGCAUGUUUUUGGAAUGUGGGAGGAAACCGGAGUACCCGGAGAAAACCCACGCAUGCACGGGGAGAACAUGCAAACUCCACACAGAGAUGGCCGAGGGUGGAAUUGAACCCUGGUCUCCAAGCUGUGAGGUCUGCGUGGUAACCACUCUACCACCAUGCCGCCCUUUUUAACAUCCAAUACUCACAAAAAACCAGGAGGGACUGCACCUCGUCCACCCGGAAGACAGGCCCGGUGUAUUGCAAUAAUCCCCUGUGUAUUGCAGUUGUAUUGCAGUUCAUUGGUUCCUGAGCCGACCACUGCAUCGUUCCGUAGAUCAGAAAGGAGCACAUACAGCUAGCAUACAGCUAGCAUACAUCUAGCCCCCCCAUGGUCACCGUUGUGCCUGUAGUACCCAAUAUUACCCAGUACCCAAUAUAGGAAGCAAUCAGUGCAAAUAAGACGGAAAUUAAAAACGAUGGACUCAGACGUAGCAUGGAGUCGCGUUAUGACGAGUACUUCCUGCCGUGGAUAUUGUCACAGUAACAUUACUGACACCUCGUGUACAAUCUGACUAUCGUACACCAUUCCAGUAGAUGUGCUUACUAUAUGGUUACUUCGCAAAAACACAUACUUAUACAUUCAAAUGACAGACAAGCGUUCACCUGGGAAAAUACUGAAACUUGUUCAAUGGUUAUGCUAAAUAUAUACCAGGCCUUGGUCUAUGAAUGUGAGUACAGCGAGUACUCUAUGAAUGUGAGUACAGCGAGUACUCUAUGAAUGUGAGUACAGCGAGUAGUCUAUGAAUGUGAGUACAGCGAGUACUCUAUGAAUGUGAGUACAGCGAGUAGUCUAUGAAUGUGAGUACAGCGAGUACUCUAUGAAUGUGAGUACAGCGAGUACUCUAUGAAUGUGAGUACAGCGAGUAGUCUAUGAAUGUGAGUACAGCGAGUACUCGAUGAAUGUGAGUACAGCGAGUACUCUAUGAAUGUGAGUACAGCGAGUACUCUAUGAAUGUGAGUACAGCGAGUACUCUAUGAAUGUGAGUACAGCGAGUAGUCUAUGAAUGUGAGUACAGCGAGUAGUCUAUGAAUGUGAGUACAGCGAGUAAACUGUUAUUUAUUACCGUUUCAUUUCACUCUUGGAUGUAGUGUUUUUUGACUUUCAUGUUCUUGGCGUGUUGUGUGUCCACCGAGUGACUUAGGAGUUCAUUUAGCUCUUCUGUAAGCCGAGGACCACCACAUGUGAACCCCGAGUACUGACACUGAUAACUGCAGUAUUUGCCAAUUGUGAUAGAAAGUCAUGAUGUCACAGUUAAAUGAACAUCUAAUUAUCGUGCUGGAAUGUUGCUAAAUGACAGCUUCUAGUAAGAAUUUCAAGAAACGUCCUGUGAAUUUGCUACUUUCGAUGUUUGACUGAACUGAAUGUAAACAGGAGAGGUUUAUGGAUUUUAACAUAUUGCCAUAAAUAUUUUCAUACAAGUCAUGUCCGAGCG